AUGCUAGAAGGUUGUUAUUGUGAAAGGUUACCAACUGCUGGAACAGGAUCUAAAUCAAAAGAUAGUUCCGAGAGACAGUUUUGUUUUGCUGUUACAUAUCGAAGAGAAAAUAUCCGACAGUAUGAGUUGCGCGCGCUCAAUGAAAUGGAGUGCAAAAACUGGAUCGAAGCAAUCAGAGAAGCAAGUUUUAACAAGCUGCUACUUCAAAAAGAAGAACUGGAACAGAAGCAUCUGCACUUACUACAGAUUGUUGAAUCGGAAAAAACGGCAAAGUGGCAGUAUACUUUGCAAUGCGAAGAGCUGGCAACCGAAAUUAAGAAACUAAGGGCUGAAGGAGCUGUACACACAAAUGAAUUAUUUGCUCUGAAGAAAGAAUGGAGAUCGAUGCCACACUAUCAAUUAAACGGCAAUAUAGCGACAUAUCAAGGUAACUCUAGCUCAGACGUAGGUAGUCAAUUCUCUAACUUAGAUGAAGAUUCCAUUGCACUGCGGAAGAUAAAGAAAGUCCAGAGUUUCUUCCGUGGUUGGCUGUGUCGAAGAAGGUGGAAGCAAAUAGUAGAACAGUACAUCAAAAGUCCCCACGCUGAGAGCAUGCGCAAGCGUAACAGCCUUGUGUUUCGUAUGGUUGAAGAUGAAGAAGAGUACAUGGAGCAGAUGGAAGUGCUAGUGACGUGUUUUCUGAGGCCUUUCAAAAUGGCAGCUUCCUCAAAGAAACCGCCAUGUUCCCAUGAAGACGUAAACUCGAUUUUCUUAAACAGCGAGACAGUACUAUUUCUUCAUCAGAUCUUUCUAAAAGGAUUGACGUCCAGGUUAGAGAGUUGGCCGACACUUGUCUUGGGUGACUUAUUUUCCAUGUUACUUCCUUUAUUAAGCAUUUAUCAAGAAUACGUAAGGAACCAUCAUUAUUCCCUCCAAGUACUGACAGAAUGUAAGCAAUCAAUUCAGUUUUCUGCUCUAUUAAAACGGUUGGAAAGUAAACCAGCCUGUAGAGGACGAUCUUUAGAAGCAUUUUUGACAUAUCCCAUGCAUCAGGUACCCCGGUAUAUAAUUACUUUACAUGAAUUAUUAGCACAUACCCCACACGACCAUGUUGAAAGAAAAAGUUUGCAAAACGCCAGACAACAACUAGAAGAUUUAUCAAGACAGAUGCAUGAUGAGGUAUCAGAAACUGAAAACCUUCGCAAAAACUUAGCAAUUGAAAGAAUGAUAGUGGAAGGCUGUGACAUCUUACUGGAUGUUAACCAGGUGUUUGUACGGCAAGGAUCUCUUAUUCAGCUUCCAAGUGAAAAGACAAAAACCCAAAAAGUAAACUUCCUUUUAAAAUUGACAAAGAAAUCAACAUUAAGUGGAAAACUUCAUUUAGUUUCUGGCGUUGGAAAAAUUACGCUAGCUGAUGCUCGUUUAAUAGAAGAUCCCUCAGAAAAUCCUGAAGAGGAUGUAUCUAGUCAAUCGACUACAAGUGAAGCUUCAACCAGCACAAAUGCAUAUCACAACAGGGAUUUUAAGAUCAUCAUAGAAACAAAGAGUAUGACACAAUCCAGUCAGGUGUGCGUCCAUUUGUUAGCAUCAACAAUGCAAGAAAAGACUGCCUGGAUAUCUGAUAUCACCCAGUGUCUGGACAACGUACAGUUUAGCGAUAUUAUGGGACCAACAAUGCCAGACAGCAGUUCCAUAAGCCUUCCACAAUCCCUCAAAGAUGAUCCGAAAUUGUUUAAAAAUGAAGUUGAUAUUAGGUUCAGUCGUACAUUGAAUUCUUGUAAGGUACCACAAAUUCGGUAUGCCACACCUGAACGAUUGCUACAAAGACUAACAGACUUGAGAUUCCUCUCUAUCGACUUCCUUAACACUUUCCUGCUAACUUACAGAGUAUUCACUGACGGCGUAACAGUCCUGGAAGCCCUUAAAAAAGUUUUCUAUAGCAUUGAAGACUGCCUUGAAGUUUCUCUAGAUGGACUACAAACUAAAGAUGAGAACACUUUGCAGACUUUUGACGAAGGAAGAAGACGGAGUAGUUUUUCACCAAGAAGAACCAGUGGUGCUAGUUCUGUGUCUGGAUAUGGUUCUGAAAUGAGCGAUAGGGACAGGUCUCACAGCUAUGACUCCCAAGGGCAUAAAGUUUGGAAAGCAACGUUGCAAAUGUACAGAGAAGAGGGACAAGAAGCGGAGAGUCCCAAAGUGCUCAAAUCCAGUCCUACCAAAACCGGAGACAGUUUGCCAUAUCCUGGAAACAAAUAUGUUUCUAUAAAAGUGGAAUCAGCAAAAGUUGAAGAAAAAAAUAAAUUUUUAACGAUCUCCAAAGUAGCGGCCUCCAGCAGCAGUGAUACCUUAACUGAUGUAACCGUCCUUAACGCGCCAAAUUCCCCUAGUAAUCUCAGCUCAGUAACUUUAGUCGGUUUAUCACCCUCAGAUAGUAACCGUCAAGAUAUUACUCUCUCCCCAGCCAUAUCUCCACAUAAAGACUCAUCUGAAAAGACUGCACAAAAAGCAUAUCCAAGUAAAGCAACCACUUCUACAAAAACCGUACCCACCACAAGUGUGAAAGUUUCAAUGGUUAAGUCCCCUACUAAGUCUGCCAUUCAAACACUUCUGUCUCCUACCAAAGAUCAAAAAAGAACUGAGCACCCAAAAAAACCUUCAGUAAAAAUGAAGCAGGAAUCGAAUGACAAGGCUAAGUCGUUUUUUCAAAGCUACUAUGGAAUGAAUCAACCAGGAACGGAAAAAGACGUGCCAACAGCCAGAUCAAGCUUCCAGCAGGAUUCUCCUUCAAGGCCAAGCCGCGCUGGUGUUGUAAUCACAUCUUUUCGAAAAUCGAAACGAAGAAGCAGUACAUCAACAGCAGCAGCAGCUUUUGCCAUUGCCACUUCCGGAUCCAGUAACCCUCGCGAUGUUUCUCCGUGCAGAGAGCAAGAGGAGUACCAGGCAGAAAGAGUCCGGCACAAGGAAUCGGUCACCUCUACAGCAUGUACUAUGCGCGUACUGAAUGUACUAAGACACUGGAUCUCCAAGCAUGCUCAAGAUUUCGAAAACGAUCAAUGUUUGAAAAAUUUAACGGUUGAGUUUUUGGAAGAUAUUAUUUAUAGUCCAAAUUUGUUGCCGGCUGAGCAUAAAGCUGCUGUUCAAUUGUUAAGUAUAGAUGGUAUUAAUUUUAGAGAACUCCUGGGGCAAGCUUGGAUGAAGCUCGACAAGGAAAAGCGAGCCCCCCACAUCCUUAUGAUGACUAAACGCUUCAACGACGUCUCUAGACUGGUGGCUUCAGAGAUCUUAAGACGCAAGUCGAUUGCUGCAAGAGUAUCUACCAUUGAGAAAUGGGCAGCAGUGGCGGACAUCGCUAGAUGUCUUCACAACUUCAAUGGAGUUCUACAGAUAUGCUCAGCGUUUACCAAUACGUCGAUAUUUAGGCUGAAGAAGACCUGGGAGAAAGUCUCGAAAACGGCCAAGCAUACAAUUGAAAAGCUGCAGACUGUUGUGUCAUCAGACGGGCGUUUUAGAUCUCUAAGAGACGCUUUACAUAGAUGUGAUCCACCCUGUAUACCAUACCUAGGCAUGUAUUUAACGGACUUAUCUUUUAUCGAAGAGGGAACCCCAAAUUUUACUUCCGAUGGACUUCUAAACUUUUCGAAAAUGCGCAUGAUUGCCCAUGUUAUUCGAGAAAUUCGGCACUUUCAACAGACCCCGUACAAUAUAGAACUCAUACAAAAGGUAGCCAAUUAUUUGUUAGAUACUUCGCUUAUUAUGGACGACGAAGAACUAUAUAACACUUCUCUGGAACUCGAACCAAGGACACCUCGAUUGGUCUCUCAAUUAUCAACAACUAUUAUCAAGUAA